AUGGUGGAUUCAUAUGACGAACUGAAUCAGAUUUUUCUUAAUCACUUUAUGAUCCAGACGGACCGUUUGUAUUCUGCCGAUGACCUGAACACAAUUCGACAGAGAGAGGAUGAGCCCCUGAGAGAAUAUGCUGCACGCUUCAGUCACGAGUACUCAAGGUGUCCAGAAACAGACGACAGGGUUGCUUACGGCACCUUCAAGAGCGGACUUCGCUCCUCACACUUUCGGUAUCUCGUGCACAGUAGGAACUGGCGCACUUAUGACGAGCUGAUGAAGCAAGCGGCAAUUCACGCCAAGGCCGAGUAUUUCAACUCAAAGUCCGGGCCUUCAGCUCGGCAGGAGGAACCAGCAUUGAAGAGUUAUCCUGGGCAAGAAUCUCCCUACACCCAUAGAAGAACUGACGAAUCCUUGACCGGGCAUAAACGAAAAGAUGACCAUGGCAAUCGGCCGGGAAACUAG